GGACAGCUUGAUAUUGGCAGGGAAAAGGGGUUCGUGUUACCUACCGCAUACGCAUAGCAGCACCGAGUUGCUCUGGGUACCAACACCAAUGGCGUUGUUGGCGCUAUCGAGGACGUUGUUGUUGGCUUCGAGAGCACGACCGUGCCAUGCUGGUAGGCGUUUUGCAUCACGUCGCACUACUAAGUACCUGACCGUGUUGUCGGGUCGCUUAGGAGCGCCUAGUUGGAGUACCACCGAAUGCGAGACUAAAUCCUCGAGAGGAAACCGCCUCACCUCAGAUGCUACGUCAGAUGAAAAAGAAGAAGAAAAGAAAAACAGAGGGACCACUCGCUGUUGAGCUGUUGGGGUAGAGCUGUUUCGUUCUCGGCCUCUGUGCUGAGCAUCUCUCUCCUGUCAAAGGUAGGUCAAAACAAGCGCGGACAGGGCUG